AUGGAUAAUAAAAAGUUAGUUCAUGAUUUAAAUAAGCAUGUUAAUAAUCAAACAAUAAAGAAAACAGAGAUUGAAGAGAUUGUUACAUAAUUUAAUUAAAAAACUGAAUAAUUUAAUUCUCAAAGAAAGAAAAUUAAGAAAGGUUUAUAGCUUUGGAAAGAAUUUUACAAAUAACAAUUAAUAAAAUGCAAAAAAAAAAAUCCAUAAGCUACUCAUAAUGAAUUAACCUCAUAUAUAUCAAAAAAAUGGAAAAGAAGUAAAAAAAAUAAGAAGAUUAAUAAAUUAGGAAUGAAAAUAAAAAAUGAAAAUGUGACUGAUAUAACCAUAUCAAAUAAUACUAUUGAUCAAAUAAUAAUUAAUAAUGAUGAAAAUUAAAAAGAUGAUAUUAUUUAAAAGCUCCAAACUUUUACAUUUAAAUUAAUUUAUUUAGACAAUAUUUGCGAACUUAAAGGAGAGACAAUUUUAGAAGCGGUUAAAAAUAAUCAUUAGCUAAUCCAUAUCAACAAGUUUAAUGAGAUUAAUUAAGAUUGUAUUUUAGAUUCAAAUAUAUCACAAAUAAACAAUAACAGCCAGGAAAUGAUAGAAGGACAACGAUAUGUAAAAUAAUCAUUAGAGAGAUUCAGAUCUAUGAAUAAUUGA